UGUGUUUCCACAUCACUACAACUUGAAAAAGGAAAUUCCUUUUUUUUCUUCUUCUUCUUCUUCUUCUGUAGGAAGUCACAUGGAGGUGCCAUCGCACUCACAUGACAGUCUGAGCUAUGGAAGGGGACAUCAAUGAAGGAUCAGUCCCAUCGUACUACAGAGAAGUACAUCAAGCCAUCUGCAGCAGAAAUGAUGAACGAGUGCAUAUCAAUGUAUUCCAGAGACUUCUCAGCAGAACUGCUCUCUCCGUCACAGUUCAGAACCAGGUAACUGAACAUGUAAAAAGUGGUGAUGGGUUCCUAAGCAAAGUAUCACUGUAUAAAGGCUUGGCUCUCAUUGCCCUUGCCCAGCAAGGAAAGCCGCCAAGUCCCAAACUGUUGGAGAAUUUAAUUCAAGAGCUCCCGAAGCCUCAGCUGGGAGAUCCGAAGGAGCUGCAGAGUCUGAAGUUGCAGUUGGUUCAAGAGAAUCCUCUAAUGUUGUCUUUGACUCUGGCAGAGCUGUUGAGUAAGGACACUAUCAAGGUUGAACUCAUCCCUGAGAAAAAGGGUUUGUUUCUCAAACAUGUGGAAUAUCAAGUCACCAGUGAGCGUUUUAAAGUAUCAGUCUAUCGACGAUACAGUGAUUUUGACGUCUUCCAUGAGCUCCUACUCCAGAGAUACGCUUACAGAGUUGUGCCUGCUCUGCCUCCCAAAAGAGUGCUGAAAGGAGUCCUGACUUCCAUGUCAGAACGAGAGUUCAUUGAAGGGCGGCGACGUGCUCUGGGCAGGUUCCUGAAUCUUGUGGCAAGACACCCUUUCUUUUCCGAGGAUGAGAUGGUGAAGACAUUCCUCACUUUCAACGGCUCGGAUGUCCAAACUAAGAUUCGAGAUGCUUGCAAAAAAAUGGGUGAUGAGUUUAUGACUUGCAAAUAUGCAACACAGGCCAAGGAUUACCUCCCUGCUGAUAUCCAGGUUCAAUUUUCCUCCAGCAGGGAGCUGAUCAGAAAUAUCCAUAGCAGUUUUCAGAAGUUACGGGACAGAGCUGAGAGAAUGGCAGAGCGCUUGAAGGAGAACGGCACAGAUCUGCAGAUGUUUGGGAAGGAGCUCAGUUCUUUGGGUUCAGAUGAGUCACCUGUACCUGUCCUGACCUCCUGCAAAAGUCCCUGGAGUGCUCUCAAACAGUCUGUCAAAGGCCUCUCUGUCGAGUUCUCACUUCUGUCUGAAAAAGCUGCACAACAGGGCAGAAGAGAGGAAGAUGAUGUGGUGGAAAAACUGAACCUGUUCUUGGACUUCCUGCAGUCUUACCGGGACUUGUGUGAGCGACAUGAGAAGGGGGUCUUGCACGAGCACCAGCGUGCGUUACAGAAGUACAGCGUGAUGAAGAGACAGAUGAUGAGUGCCACAGCCCAGUCUAAAGAACAGAUUUCUGUCGAACAUCUGGAGUCCCGCAUUGUGCAGCAAGAGAAUGCCAUUCAAGCUAUGGAGCUGCGCAACUACUUUUCCCUGUUCUGCCUUCACCAGGAGAGCCAGUUAAUCUUCACAUACCUGCCCAUCACCUCUCACAUCCUGGGGGUAUUUGUUGACUCCCAAGUGCAGGGACAUAAAGAAAUGGGUGAGGUGUGGCAAGAUCUUCAUUCCAAGCUUAAAAUUAUUUUUAGGGAUAGUAACGGACUUCAGUCUCCUCCUCUAAGCCCAAAAUAGCCCAACCCUUCAGUGCCUGCAGAAUUAAAUGAAGAUGAACUCUAGCCUGCUUUGAAUAGCAGGACCUCUUAAGGAACUACAGACAAAUCUUUAAAGCACUACAUUUAUGAAGUAUGAGAAAACUACUUCUCGCUGAAUAUUUAUGUGGCAGAUAUGAAGAUCAUUUGAAGCAAACUGACAGAUGUAUUAUUAGCAUGUACCUUGGAGUAGCCUGGAAAUACCAUGGCUGUAGACUUUGUCAUUCAAACCAGUCUGGCUAUUCUCUGUUGACCUUUCACAUCAACAAGCCAUUUUUGUCCACAGAACUGCCGCUCACUUUUGUUUUUAGCACCAUUCAGAGUAAAUUCUAGAGACUGUUGUGUGUGAAAUCUGCAGGGGUUCAGCAGUUACAGAAAUAAUCAAACCAGCCCGUCUGGCACCAACAAUCACGCCAUGGCCCAAAUCACUGAGAUAAAAUUUUGAUGAUUGUUGGUGCCAGAUGGGCUGGUUUGAGUAUUUCUGUAACUGCUGAUCUCCUGGGAUUUUCGCACAGAAUUUCUAUAGAAUUUACUCUGAAAGGUGCCAAAAACAAAAAACAUCCAGUGAGCAGCUGUUCUGUGGACAGAAAUGCCUUGAGAGAAUGGCCGGACUGGUUCUAACUGACAAAGUCUUCGGUAACUCAGAUAACUGCUCUGUACAAUUGUGGAGAGAAGAAAUUCAUCUCAGAAAGCUAAUCUGAGAUGCAGGUUGGCACAAGGUGGACCUUUACAAUAUUAGGCAGGUGAUUUUAAUGUUGUGGCUGAUUAUGUAUAUCAAUAUGUCUUUGAUUUACCAUCUGAUUCCAUCAGUGUUCCAUUGUUACCCCCACAUGUAAGCAUUAUGGACAAACACUGUGUUUUUUGACAAUGUUUUACUGUAUAUGUUUAUGUACUGUAUGCAAAUCUGAAGCUGCUUUUUUUAAAUGCAAACUAAUCUGAAAGAGAAGGAAUUGACACCAUAACACAUGAAAUAUUACCUGUGCUCAGAAGAUAUAAAUAUGAAAUAUGCAGAGAUAAGAUUCCAUUUAUGCCAGUUUAAAAUGAUCUUUUGUAAUUUUUUCUUCUUUUUAAUCAUGUAAAAUGUGCAUGCAGAAAACAUAAUUAUUUUUUUUUACACAUUUUAUUGUAUCACAAUUUUUAAGUAAUAUAUACAGUACUACAGUGAAAACACUUUCAAACUAGAUUUCUAACAGUUCUGUAAAAUAUGAAAAGUGUUAUUGCUAACGGGUAACUUUGAAUUAAACAUAAUAGCAGGGCUGAUUUAUUUGUCUAUGAUUUUAUGUUCACUCUAAUCAAAGCAGUUAAGAUACUUUACUAUUCCCAUGAUGGAAUAUGACUGGAAUGGUGGUAAUGUUUGAUUACUUGCCAUUACAUCAUUCAUUACAACAUUCAGGUUCAAAUCUGCCACCUGCUGGUAAUUCAUGCUAAUGCAAGUUUGUUGGAUUUUAGAUUUCCAUAAUUUUUGGUUGCCUGUGUACUAGCAGUUGUAUUUAUUGUCAUUUAUAUUUGUACAAUACUUUUUAUUAAUAUUAUAGAUUCAGUUUUUUCCCGUUAUGAAUAUACGGAUGCACAAAAUAUAUUUGUUAAUCGCGUAAUUUGAAAAGUAUAAAUACAAAGUCUAUUUAAUGAAACUAUUGUAUUUUGAUGUUCAUUUUCCAAAAUGAUGUCGAUAUUCUACAAACUUUUAGUUUUAUAGUGGAAGCUUCAGAAACAGUUGAAAAAAAAACAAGAGGUGGAGAUCAUUUCAAAAUAUUAUUACAAAGAGAAACAUUUUAAAUUUAUCAGAUGAAGGCAAUGGAUUGUCCAGGUUUAAAUUAAGAAAUUGACUUCAGUCCUUUAAACAGCUGACGUAUUUUUCCAAUUGUGGAUAUAAUUUGUAUUGUGUAUAUGUGCAUGCAUACACACAUACAUAUAUGUGUGUGUCUGCGUUUUCUCUCUCUGUGCUAGAAGUACCUAUAUAUAUUAUACUCCACCUAUUAGAUUUCUGACACUAAAUGAUGUGUGUUAGUGAUUUUUCUGAGCAGGUGUGUCCAAUUUAGCAAUAAGGAAGUUUUUUUUAACUAUUGUUAUAGCCAUUGACAAUAAAGGCUUUUACUAUAUUUUUGAUCUGGAAGUGUGCCUUGUUUUUCCUUUUUGGAUAAUUAUUUCCUCAUUCAAGAGCACUUUCAUUUAUUUUUUUGAAGAACUUCAGAGCAUAUUUGUU